UCUAUCAGGGCAAACUUAUUAUUUUACAGUCCAACAGUAAACGUUCACUAUAAGUUUUGUUGUAYGGAAACCAUUUUCACCACAAGAUGAACAUUAACUACGUACAAGGAAUAGUUUUGAUAUUUCUUGCGUGUGUGUUACACACAAAUUGUAAAAAAACUGAAAAAUCAGACAAAUUCUURGAAAAAACUCCUUCCAAAUCAAGUCAUAAAGAUGAUAAAAAACCAUUAGAUGAAAACAAAAAAAACGUUGAAGUUGAAAAUAUGUUAUUAAAUAUUGCAACUAUAAUACAAGAUUGUAUAGACAAAAAAACGAUGAAUAAUAAAACGUUUAAAAUGGAACUGGAUGAUUUGUAUAACGAUUUGGUAAAACCAAAAAUAAAGAAAAUAAUAAAAARACAAUUGAUUAAAGUUAAAGAUAUUAAAAAACAAUAUGAGGAAGACGUCGAAGUAUUAAAGAUAAUGGAAAGUAUGCCGGAUAGCAACAGCAGUAAAAAUAAGGAUAAAGUGUCAAAAAAAAAACGCAAAAACAACCAUGAACACAAUUGAAGUUU